AUCUAUUGUUAUCGUCGAGAAAUGUUUGUUGCAGAAGUGAUAUCGACGACGAAAUCAAGCUGCGACAUAAGUAAUUCAAAAGAAUUACAGGUGAGCAGUGCGAAUUCUAUUAAAGAAGGUGUAAAACCAGCAAACCAUGCAAAUCUUGUCUUGAGUACUGCUGUUACGGAGGCAGGAAAGGAUGGAAACAUGGAUGUUGAGAAGAGAGAGCCAGUUCUGUCAUUGCAAGAGGAGAGACUAAAAUAUGUUCAGCCAGUUCGCGAACGCGUAUAUAAAUUACUGCCACGUGACAUUCAGUUCUGUGUGCAUAUGAUUGAGAAGUACGGGGAAAAUUAUGAGGGAAUGGCAAAAGAUGAAGGCAAUAUAUAUCAUGAUUCGGCGAAAGGAAUAGCGCAAAAAAUAAGAAUUUUCAAGCGAAGUCCUGAGUACGCAGUUUAUUUAAAACAACAAGCUGAGCAGAAAGACUCAGUUGCUUAA